AUGACAGCCCACGAUAAUGUCUCCGCUCAUCAAGAGCCUACGCGUCCCAACUCGUCUUCUGGCUCCGAUAUGAAGGCUGAGGCGAGGGGUAUUGAGGAGGCGCGUGGUGAGAACUAUGAGUAUGUUGAUAAGCAGACUGAGAGGGUUAUCCUCAGAAAGCUCGACUAUCGCAUUAUCCCGAUGGUUAUGUGGGUGUAUCUGAUGAAUAUGAUGGAUCGAGUCAACAUUGGAAACGCUCGUCUGUUCCGCAUGGAAGAAGAUCUCGGCCUGACAGGAAAUGAGUUCCAGCUCUCUGUCUCCGUACUCUUCGUUACCUACUGUCUCUUCGAGUCCCCCUCCAACCUCAUCAUCAAGAAGCUCAAACCAGCCUACUAUCUAGCCGGCCUCACCAUCGCAUGGGGGAUUGUCGCCACCUGCAGCGCCUGGGUGAACAACCUUGGCGCCCUCGUCGCAUGCCGUCUCCUCCUCGGUCUCUGCGAAGCAGGUUUCUUCCCUGGUGUCGUGCUCUACCUCUCCAUGUACUAUGGCCGCAAGAGUCUCGCUCUUCGUAUCGCAUACUUCUUCUCCACCGCUGCCAUCUCUGGUGUAGCUGGUGGUCUUGUUGCUUAUGGCAUUAGCUUUAUGGAUGGUGCCAUGGGCUGGAGUGCGUGGCGAUGGAUCAUCCUUAUCAAUGGUGCACCUACCAUCGUCACCGGCGUUGUUAUUCCCUUCGUUUUGCCAAACAGCCCUGAGACUGCUAAGUUUUUGACCGAGGAGGAUAAGAUCAACCUGCAGAAGAUUCAUGAUGAGCAGGUUGGUCGGGCUAGAAACAACCGAGAGCUUCUCAAGGAGGACGUUCUUGAUGGUGUUAAGGACUGGACCACUUGGGUUUACUGCUUCGCUCUCUUCCCUACCCUGGCUAUGCUUUACUCGUUCGUUGUCUUCCUGCCCACCAUUGUCAAGGCUAUGGGUACCUGGUCAUCAGCUGAGGUUCAAGCGAUGACUGUUCCCGUCUACGCUAUUGGAGCCAUCACGUAUCUCAUCGGCGCUCGUCUCAGUGACAUUACCCAAAAGAGAGGCUUCUUCGUCAUGGGAGGUAUCGGAUCCGCCAUCAUCGGCUAUGGCAUGCUUAUCGCUGGCAAAGGCGCCGCUGUCUCAUACGCAGGCUGCUGUUUCGUCUCAAUCGGCAUCUUCCUCUCAUCCGGUAUUUCCUUUGCUUGGGUUCCCGCCAACAACCCCCGCUACGGAAAGCGAGCUUUCUCGACGGGUAUGCAUCUAACCAUCGGUAACGCUUCUGGCGUCGCAUCCCCGUUCCUCUUCUCUAGCCAGUAUGCUCCUCACUACCGCCCUGGCUACGGUGCCAGCAUGGGAAUGCUUGUUGUGUCGUUGAUCCUGAAUAUCAUCCUCCAUCUUCACUUCAAGCGACAGAACAAGCUUCGUGACGAGGGGGAGCAGGAUUACUUGCUUGAGGGUAAGACUGAGGAGGAGAUUGAGUCUAUGGGUGAGAGAAGCCCGAGGUUCCGCUUUACUGUUUGA